AUGACCCUCAAAGUCUAUGAUGAAAAGCUAAAAAUUGAUGUGAGAGAUACUAUGAAAUUCAAGGAUGAUGAAGGUGCAAGUAAAAAUAUUGAAGUGCUGGAUACAGUGUUUGCUCAAUCUAUGCAGAUCACAACACCCAAGCUUCCCUUAGAAAGAGUUUUAAGCUUAUCUAUCAUUGAGAAUACUGAAGGAAUAGAUGAGAAAGAAUCUGAAGUGGUGUCUAUGUUAAAGGCACAACCUCCUUGGAUUCAUUCUCGACCACAACGGUGGGAAGAGCUUCGACCUAAAGUAUCUCCAGAAGAAAAGCAAGAUAUAAAAAAGGGGAUUGAGUUGAAACAAUUACCAGAACAUCUCAAAUAUGUCUUUUUAGACAAUGAAGAGAAAUGUCCAGCAAUCAUCAAUUCAGGUUUGAGAGAGAUUCAAGAAGAAGAGCUAAUCAAAGUACUCAAGAAAUACAAGGGUGUUAUUGGGUACAACCAAAUUGUGGUGGCACCUGAAGAUCAAGAAAAAAUGGCGUUCACAUGUCCGUAUGGAAUCUUUGCUUAUAGAAGAAUGCCGUUUGGAUUGCGUAAUGCACCAGCAACAUUUCAGAGGUGCAUGACAUCAAUAUUUGCCGAUAUGCUCGAGAAACACAUGGAGGUCAUACUUGUCGGGAACAAAGGACUCGAAGCCAAGGCUGCUCAGGUGGAUUUUGCUGUUGCAAGAAUUUGA